CGGAGAAGUGGUUGAGGUGGACAUCGAAGGCCGAAGGAAAGCUGACUGAAGUGUAAAAGUCGGUUGCAGAACGGCCAAACAUCAAAAUGGACGUACUCAGGAAGCAAGCCGCGAAGGUGCGGGACCAGGUCACAAAACAGCAAGCGGCUGUGCUUGGAAAGUUUGGGCACAAGGCAGAAUCAAAUGUUGUCAUUAUCGGCGAGCAAGAGCUUCAGCGCCAUCAGCAGUUGGAGAGACUGAGUGCAUCUACCAGUAUGGGAAAGGGAUUCCAGCGGGAUAUUGUGAAGGCAGUUGAUGGCUUGGUGGGAACUGGAAACAAGACCAGUGAAGUAGCAACGAAGCUUGCAGAUGACUGUCGCAGAUACAGCACGGAGGCGUCUAGUUCCCCUUUUCCGCUAAAGCGUUCUGCGCAACUGUAUUCACAAGCUCGAGGACAAGUGGAGAUGGAGAGGGAUAUGAUGCAUCGGUACCUUGGACUUCAGGUUGUUGAGCCACUGAAGGCCAUGGUGAUGGGGGCACCUUUGGAGGAAGCUCGGGCACUGAUGAAGCAGUAUGAGAGAGUGCGUCAGGAGGCGCAGAUACAGGCAAGUAUCCUGGUGGAGUUAGAGCGAACCUUCUACCUCAGAGCUGCAGAGGUCCUGGAGCAAGUUCUAGCUCAGAUGAAUGCUGACAGAUCACAGACAGAUACAACACCACCAAUGGGAAUGCGAGAGGACAUAACAGGGAAUACGACACAUCAGCAGGCGAAUGGCAAGGAGGAGUCUGCGCAGCGAAGCCCCCCUCAGGCUUUCCAGUUUUUCCUGGCCGAGGUUAUGUUUCCUUUCGAAGCAGAGACAGUAGGUGAAAUGACACUGACCAAGGGUGACUUCGUAGUUGUCCGCCAGGUGACCGGGACGGGAUGGGCAGAAGGGGAGUGCAAAGGUAAGGCCGGAUGGUUCCCGUCUACGUUUGUGGAACACAGGCAGCGCGUCCCAGCAAGUAAGAUUAUGGAAGUUGGAGUUACUGCAUAAGAGCGGAUGGAUGCUUUGCACGAAGAGGGGUGAGCAGAGUGGACGAUUGAAGAGGAAGGGGGGNGACUUCCGCCCUCUCUGCAUUCCUCUCUGCUGUUCCAGAAUGUGUGUGUGUGUGUGUGUGUGUGUGUGUGUGUGUGUGUGUGUGUGUGUGUGUGUGUGUGUGUGUGUGUGUGUGUUUCACUGGCAGCUGUUGGUGAGUGCAGCACAUCGUUGCGAUGUAUUAGCAACACGAAACGAGCUGAUUACAGCAUUGCGUUGUCGUUUCAGGGCAUGCCAACUGGCAGACAAUGCCUCUCUGAGGGUAGAGGUGGAUGUGGAGUGGGUGAUUGAAGAAUUGCAUUGCCCACAAGUAUAGUACUUCUCACCUCAGUCGUCUGUGCAUUCCUGUGUUGUUCCGGUACAUGUUAACAUACGCUGAUUAGGGCAUUCGUUCGCCGUAUCAGGGCAUGCUAAUCAGUAGAGCAUUUCGUUGUGAGGGUAGCGGGCAGAUGUGAACCGGCAGGCAGUCAGCGGUACCACAGGGUCCACUUUGGGGAGUGCCGGUACCAGCGGUAGGAAGUUCGCUCCGCUAUCAUGAUCAUGAUCAUGAUCAUGAUACUUAUUUAAAACUGGUCUCGAAUGAGAAUAAAUUGAGUGUCAAGUGACGAAUUCCAUGAUUAAACCACCAGAGUACCUUUCCCAUAUAUCGGUCAUGGGCAGUGGAAAAAAAAUCAAAUGGCCUCAACUGG